UCACUCACCACACUCAUCAUCACUACUCAUUACUUUCUUUCGUUCGUUUUUCUCCUUCCGAUCUCUGAAGUUUAGAAAAACUCAAAACGAAUGGGGAAGGACGUAGAGUCAGGAUACGGCGCUGGCGGGUACGGGGCGAAGGACUACGCGGACCCGCCACCGGCGCCGCUGGUCGACGGAGGGGAGCUCGCCAGUUGGUCGCUGUACCGCGCGGUGAUCGCGGAGUUCAUCGCCACCAUGCUCUUCCUCUACAUCACCGUCGCCACCGUCAUCGGCUACAAGCACCAGUCGGACCCGAAUUUGAGCGCCGACGCCGCGUGCAGUGGCGUCGGAAUCCUCGGCAUUGCCUGGGCCUUCGGCGGCAUGAUCUUCAUCCUCGUCUACUGCACCGCGGGGAUCUCAGGAGGGCACAUAAAUCCAGCGGUGACGUUCGGGCUCUUCCUGGCGCGGAAGGUGUCACUGGUGCGUGCCGUGCUGUACAUGAUCGCGCAGUGCCUGGGGGCCAUCUGCGGCGUGGGGCUCGUCAAGGGCUUCCAGAAGGCCUACUACGUCCGCUACGGCGGCGGCGCCAACGAGCUCAGCUCCGGUUACUCCACGGGCACCGGCCUCGCCGCCGAGAUCAUCGGUACCUUCGUCCUCGUCUACACCGUCUUUUCGGCCACCGAUCCCAAGCGCAACGCCCGCGACUCCCACGUCCCGGUUUUGGCUCCUCUUCCAAUUGGGUUCGCAGUGUUCAUGGUUCACUUAGCCACAAUUCCCAUCACUGGAACGGGCAUUAACCCUGCAAGGAGCCUCGGAGCUGCAGUUAUCUACAACCAGGAUAAGGCUUGGGAUGAUCAGUGGAUAUUCUGGGUGGGACCAUUCAUCGGCGCUGCGAUCGCCGCAAUUUAUCACCAGUAUGUCCUGAGAGCAGGCGCUGUGAAGGCUCUGGGCUCGUACCGUAGCAACGCAUGAGCAAAAUUCCUAGCGAUGAUCUCCUCCCAUGCACAUGCACAAGCACGUAACGAAAUUGUAUAUAUACGUACUUUGUUUCAAAAGGCUACGUACGUACGUAUAAUAUACGUACAGGGUCCGUAUAUUGCUGGCUUUUAUUCAGCAACAUCUUGGGUGGGGCCUUUGUGAUGAUCUUAUGAAUGUUUCUGUGUGUGUUUGCUCCUUUUCCUUUUUUGUUAAUUUGCUACUUAGCUUCUUCAGUGUAUGUGUGUUGAGAUGAUGGGUUUCCAAUAAAUGUUUACCAUUUGAAUAA